AUGGUGGAUAUUAUUUUCAGCUCUUCUUUCUUGGGUGAUAUGGGGGAUCAUUCCAAAAAGAAGCCAGGAUUCGCGAUGUGUGUAGGAUGUGGAAGUCAGAUCCAUGACCAGUACAUACUGAGAGUCUCUCCCGACCUGGAGUGGCACGCAGCCUGCCUGAAGUGCGCAGAGUGCAGCCAGUACCUGGAUGAGACCUGCACUUGUUUCGUCCGGGACGGAAAAACCUAUUGUAAAAGAGAUUAUGUAAGGCUGUUUGGAAUAAAAUGCGCAAAAUGCAACCUGGGAUUCAGCAGCAGCGACCUGGUGAUGAGAGCCCGGGAUAACGUGUACCACAUCGAGUGUUUUCGGUGCUCGGUGUGCAGCAGGCAGCUGCUGCCGGGAGACGAGUUCUCUUUGCGGGAAGAAGAGCUGCUCUGCCGGGCGGACCACAGUCUGCUGCUGGAGAGGAGCUCCGCAGGAAGUCCCAUCAGCCCCGGUCACAUCCACUCCAACAGACCGCUGCACCUGGCAGCAGACCCGGUCACGGUGCGGCAGGCCCCGCAUCGGAACCACGUCCACAAGCAGUCGGAGAAGACGACGCGGGUCAGGACGGUGCUGAACGAGAAGCAGCUCCACACGUUGCGGACCUGCUACAACGCCAACCCGAGGCCGGACGCGCUGAUGAAGGAGCAGCUGGUGGAAAUGACCGGCCUCAGCCCCAGGGUGAUCCGGGUCUGGUUCCAGAACAAGCGCUGCAAAGACAAAAAGAAAUCAAUCCUCAUGAAGCAGCUCCAGCAGCAGCAGCACAGUGAUAAGACUAACCUGCAGGGCCUCACAGGGACGCCUCUUGUGGCUGGAAGUCCUAUCCGACAUGAGAGCACCGUGCAGGGAAACCCAGUGGAGGUUCAGACCUACCAGCCUCCAUGGAAGGCCCUGAGUGAGUUCGCCUUGCAGAGCGACCUGGACCAGCCAGCCUUCCAACAACUGGUGUCUUUCUCUGAAUCGGGCUCUCUCGGGAACUCCUCGGGCAGCGACGUGACUUCAUUGUCCUCUCAGUUACCGGACACCCCCAACAGUAUGGUACCCAGCCCGGUGGAGACGUGA